AUGUCCGAAGCUGAUAGGAUAAAUCCAACAAAUACCACCUCUCCCGCGAUAGCGUCCCUCCGAUCAGAUAGUAACGCCGCCUUGAUGAUCAAUCGCAAGGAGAUGUCGGCAGAUCUACCUCCCCUAGAUCCCGCCUCAAUCCGCGGCGCUAGUCGUGUCGCCGCGAAUGCUUCCGCAACCGACGCCAGAGAAAACGCCGCCACAGGCGCAACGAGCCCCGCGACCGACGCCGCCGCCGCCGCGGCCUCUACUGGCGGCGCAGGCGACGCCACGGCUUCGGAAGGUCCUAUGGAGCCUGAUUCGGACGAGCGCGUGUGGCGCAAGGUGCCGUUGGAGUCAGCUGAUGCUGAUGGCGUUGAUUCAAAUGGCGGCGAGCGCGUGUGGCGCAAGGUGCUGUACCUGCGGCAGCCGUUCGACGACACGCACACGGACCCGCGCACCUUCCUCGCCGACAUGCGCACCAACGCCGGCGUCGUCAAGCCGCGCUACUGGUCGCUCGUGCGCGACUCGUCCGUGCUCACGCUGCAGGUACACUCGCAAGCUGUUGCUUCCUUCUCCCCCUCCCCUUCCUCCUCCCCAUCCCCUUUCAGCUCCUCCCCUUCCCCUUCCCCCUACCCCUCCUCUCCUCCCCUCCCCACCCCCCUCCCUCUCCUCUCCUCUCCCCACUCCCCCUCCCCCUCCCCCUCCCCGUCCUCGUUUUACCCUUCCAUUACCACAUGUUCCUCCCUCAUCUCCGCCCUGGUCUCUCUCCCUACUAUCCCUUUUUCAACUCCCACCCUCACUCCGCCCGUGCUCUCUUUCCUCCCAUUCCCUCACACAUCACACAUGCUCUACGCCCCUCCCUCGUUCCUCCCAUUCCCUCACACAUCACACAUGCUCUACGCCCCUCCCUCCCUCCCUCGUUCCUCCCUCGUUCCUCCCUCGUUCCUCCCUCGUUCCUCCCUCGUUCCUCCCUCGUUCCUCCCUCGUUCCUCCCUCGUUCCUCCCUCGUUCCUCCCUCGUUCCUCCCUCGUUCCUCCCUCGUUCCUCCCUCGUUCCUCCCUCGUUCCUCCCUCGUUCCUCCCUCGUUCCUCCCUCGUUCCUCCCUCGUUCCUCCCUCGUUCCUCCCUCGUUCCUCCCUCGUUCCUCCCUCGUUCCUCCCACUCUUGGGUGUUCCUCUUCUCUGCCUGGGCGGUCCUCUAUUUCUUCCUCCACCCUCCACCCUCAACUCCCCUUCCUUCGUCUCCUGCUGCUGUCAGAUGUCUUCCCGCUUUCUCCUCUCCCCCCUCCCCUCUCUAUUCUCAGAUGUUCCUGGUAUCAGCCCUCGUGGUCGUCUAG